UCGUAAGAAAUUCGUUAACCGAAUUUUUGUUCGUUAACCGAAUUGAAGAUCCAUAUGGAAGGCAGUUCGUUAACCGAAAUUUCGUUAACUGAGGUGUUCGUUAAACGAGGGGUCACUGUAGAGAAAAAUACUGAAGGCUACACCAUUAAUUUCAAUUAAUAAAUCAGAUUACAUUUAGCUUCAUCUACUAUGAAACAGUAACACUACAUGUUUUCUUACUGUUACAAUGAAUCCUGGUGACUGUUAAAUGAUUUUCAUUAUACAGGUUGAACCUCCCUAAUCCGGUGCUCUAUUGUCCGGCACCUCCCGUCGUCCGGCAAAAUUUUAGUUUGCCGGACGGCCGCAAGUACCCACCGGCACUAGUAUCCAUGGUUUGGCAUACCCUUUGUUUACAUCUGGUCCUCGUGGAGUUUGGUGCGUUCCUUGGUAUUUCAAGUGUUUCUGUAAUAUUUCACUUGUUAUUUACCCUUAAUUGUGUAUGAUUUAAUGGUCAGGGAAAUAGAGGAAGAAGGUUUACUGGAGUGGUUGGAUGUUGACCAAGAUGCACCGACUGUGAAUCAACUGACAGAUGCAGAAAUUGUGCAGAUGGUACAAAAGGACAAAGUACAGGUACAGACAGUAAUGACAGUGAAGACGAUGAGAAGAAAGUUCAAGAAAGAAUGUCUAUUGACAAAUGCAUUCAGUUGACCACAUAUUUAAUAGAAGGCCUGGAGCAGAGAAACAUACUGUAUUUACCGAUCAAGAAAUCAAGCAUCUCUACCUAAUGAAAGACCGUCUCAUUAAAGAAAAGCCCAAAUACAUGAAACAAAAAACUUUGGAUAAUUGGUUCAAAAAAGCAACAGAGACCAGUAAGCAACUCUCUUCAACUGAACAUCCUAUUACAUCUGCUUCUGCUACCCCAGAUGUCAUCUUGCACGAGGACCCAGACAAUGACUUAGAGUACCCAGAAGUCACCCCAGCUGAGAACCCAGAAGUCACCCCAGCCAAGACCCCAGAAGUCACCUCAGCUGAGACCCCAGAAGUCACCCCAGCCAAGACCCCAGAAGUCACCCCAGCCAAGACCCCAGAUGUCACCCCAGCUGAGACCCCAGAUGUCACCCCAGCCAAGAACCCAGAUGUAACUCGAAUGUAGUGUGGAUUGGAUGUGUGUACGUACUUGUACUGUACAUAAAUUUGGGUGCAGAAUCAGCAAUCACUUUAUGUGAACAUCACCAAUUUAUGUACAAGUACUUUUGUCAUUUUAAGAGCAGAAUGAGAA